UUCAAGUUGAGCUGAGUUUCAGCCCCGCGACGAUGGCCCAGCGUGAGCAUCAAAGGGCGCCUGAGCGGCGACAGAGGCAGGAGAGCGUCCUGCGGCAGGGAGAGUCACGGCCCCAGCUGCAAUGGCCGAUAGAGGAGCAGAGGCGACAGGUGGCCGAGCAGCUGCAGCUGCAACGGGGUGGCCGGCAGGGAAGGGCCGAGCUGCCCGCUCGUGUGGCGACACGGGAGAUGGAAGACUAUGGGCCCAGGUACGUGCCCGACGAGACGGUGGACGCCGCCGCGUUCCUCGACGGAACGAUUGCAGGAGGGCUCCCCGCCUCCGUCCGUCGCACGCAGUAUCAGGGCAGCAACCAACGCAAUGGCGCUGACCUGUUCUCCGAAUACACUCAAGUAGGCCAAGUCAUCAAACACCUACGAAUGGAUGGAUGUCGCCAUUCAUCGCUCUCUUUGUGUGUAUCGGUCGGUCAUCAGGUGCGCGGCGGAGUGGGCUAUGGGCGUCUGACAGGACGAGACGACGAUGUCAGAGGGGGCUAUGGAGACGGUCACAUGACGGGCCACCCGUACCAGUACACGGCCAGCUACCGUUAUGAGGUGAGUGUUCACUCCUCAUAUGCAGUCACCCAUACAGAUCUAUUGCUCUCUCUGCUCCCUCGCACCUUUCAAUCCGCAGCCUACGACGCUUAUGAAUUCGCCUACCCGUAUUUGCGUCCGGAGGAGCCCCAGCGUCCGAGAGGAUGUCCCAGCCAGAUGAGCAGGGAGGGGCAGCAGUACGGCAGCGGCCGCCUCACGUGGACUGGGCAGGACGACGCCUACGGUGGUGCCCCUCCCAGCACUCGGCCACACCGAUGCGAUGGGCGGCUUCCCCAGUACUCGCAGCACCAGACCAACCACGGCCUCAGCAGGGACGAAGUGGGCGCCCAGCCGGAGAGCCACUAUGCCUCUCGUCUCGCCUAUCCCGCUCCCAACAUCAGCAGCUUUGUCAGGAAGAGACCGGUGGUGUCCCGAGGCAUCCAGUGCAGCAUUAUGACCACACAGACGCCACUCGGGCCCCAAAGGACACGUGGUGCCUCGCGACACCACCAGCAGCACCAGCAGCAGGUGGAGGCGAUGACCAGUUCGGUGGGCCGCCAUCCGCCGCCACCGGACAGCAACGACACCUACAAUCGCCAGAACAGCGGAUCAGGUGGUUUGUUCGGCGGCAUGUUCUUGGGCUUGGGAUCGUUGCUGGGUGGGGGCCGGGCCUCUGGAGGUGAAGAGGGGUGUGGUGGGAUGAGGCACACAUGGCCCUUCUCUAUCGCUCACCGGCACAUCGUCGACACGCCUGUCUGCUUGUCUGUCUGUCUGUCUGUCUGUCUGUGUCAGCGGUGCGAGAGGAGACACAAGAGCUCCCACUGAAUCGCCGCACUAAUCGCCGACACAUUGAUGACGACCGCUACGCCUAUGGCGCCCAGUGGGUCUCACCGUCACAUUCAGCCACAUACUUCGGUCGUCUUCAGCAGGGUCCCGCAUUUUGUGUCUGUCUGUUCUUUCGUCAGGGUGGGUCGUACGAGUCACGCUAUUACCAGCAAGAACCCCUAAUCGACAGGCGGCAGGAGGUUGAGGCCUACGCGAGGGAGCUGGACAAUUGGAAGGGCUUCUGGGAGAUGGAGCUGCAGGAGCGCUCGGAGAUCCAGGAACGGCUCCGCCAACAACACGAGGAGCGGGCGACGGAGCGGGAGAAGAGAAUGGAGCGCCUCCACCGACAACAGCAGCAGACAAUGGAGCGUGAGUGGCGCGAAGUAGAGGCCAAGAAGGACCAAAUGCGCCGCAAAGAACAGGAGCUCGAGGAGAAACAGAAGCAGAUCGGCCAGCAGCUGCAACACCAGAUGCAGCAGCUGCAAUGCCAGCAGCAGCAGCGUCUCAACAGCGACAACGAGACGGCAGACAACCAGCAGCCUUCGAGCGCCUCUGACACCGUCCCCCCGACCCCAACUGGAGCAGUGCAGGAGGCACCCAGAGUGGCUGAAGGAGACGCCAGUGGCGAGCGACAGCGGGCCCGCCAGAUGCUGCAGAAGCUCGAGAGCAAGCUCCACUUCAAGAACCCCGCUGUGCCAUCCGCCCCCGGUGGUGGGCGCCCACACGAGGUGUAGGCUCGCCCCUGUGCACGGCCGCUCCAACAGUCUGAGAGUGAGAAGCAGUGUGUGUUCAUGAGCCAAACCACAUGAUUGGCCGGCUGGCCGUCUGAAUGCCUUGGCCGUUGUGUUUGUUUGGACGGUUAUGGACACAUAGAGCGCUCGGACAAUUACAUAAGUCUAUGCCUU